AUGCAGACAAAGCGCUUCUUGGGCCUCAAUGGCACCAAGCUUCAGAUCGCCAUCGGUCUGUUGGCAGGCAUGGACUUUUUGCUAUUCGGUUACGAUCAAGGUGUGACUGGUGGUCUUUUGACGCUCCAAUCUUUCAUCAAAUAUUUCCCCUCUAUCGACACGACUGGAGUUAGCGCAACUAGUUCAGCUUCCACCCGUCAGGGUAUCACUGUCGCCGCCUACAAUCUCGGAUGUUUUGCUGGAUCAAUCCCGACCAUCUGGGUCGGUAACAUGCUCGGUCGUCGCAAGGCCAUUUUCCUCGGUUCCUUCAUCAUGGUCAUUGGUGCCAUUCUGCAAUGUACUUCCUACGAGCUCGCACAGCUGAUCGUCGGUCGUCUGGUCACUGGUUUCGGAAACGGUAUCAACACAUCUACCGUGCCCACCUGGCAAUCCGAGUGCUGCAAGCCGCAUCGCCGUGGCCAGAUGGUCAUGAUCGAGGGUGCAAUGAUUACCUGCGGUAUCACAAUUAGUUACUGGGUCGACUUCGGUCUUAUGUUCACUGAUCCUAGCGAGGUAGCUUGGCGAUUCCCUUUGGCAUUCCAGAUCUUCUUUGCAGCAAUUAUUCUGGUCUUUGUCAUGUUUCUGCCCGAGUCCCCUCGCUGGCUCAUUUUGAAGGGUCGGGAGGAUGAGGCACGUGAGGUUUUGGCUUGUUUGAUGGGUGACGAAACCGAUGAGGUUUUUCUCGAUACCGAGUUCACAGCGAUCAAGGCCACCGUCCUCGAAAUGGCCAAGGGUUCGUUCCGCGAUAUGUUCUCUAUGGGUCCGGAUCGUCAUUUCCAUCGUACAAUGCUCGCCUAUGUCAACCAAAUGUUCCAGCAAAUCUCGGGUAUCAACCUGAUCACCUACUACAUCCCGACCAUUUUGGAAGAACAAAUCGGCCUGACUGGCACUAUUUCCCGUCUUAUUGCAGCCUGCAACGGUACCGAGUACUUCGCCGCAUCUUGGGUAGCAGUAUUCACUAUCGAGAAAUUCGGUCGUCGUACCCUGAUGAUCUUCGGCGCUGUGGGCAUGUCUCUCUCUAUGGCCGUCCUAGCUAUUGCUGAAGCCAUUGCCGUGGAAAGCACCGGUCAAAGAAAAACCUCCGCCAGUAUCGCCCAAGUCGUCUUCCUCUUUGUUUUCAACACCUUCUUUGCCAUUGGCUGGCUUGGUAUGACGUGGCUAUACCCGGCUGAAAUUGUGCCAUUGAAGAUUCGUGCGCCCGCCAAUGCCUUGUCUACUUCCUCGAACUGGAUCUGGAACUUCAUGGUCGUCAUGAUUACGCCCGUUGCAUUCGCCAAUAUUGGAUACAAGACCUACGUUAUCUUCGCUGUCAUCAACGCAUUCAUCGUUCCCGUGGUCUACUUCUGGUUCCCAGAGACAACCAACCGCUCUCUUGAAGAAAUGGACUUCCUGUUCCGCAAGUCAAACAACAUGUUCGAUAUCGUCUCCCUCGCACGCAAUGAGCCGCAUAUGUAUGGACCGAACGGUGAACUACUCCGCACUCUCGAAGACGUCGAAGAUGAGGCUGUUCGCCGUGCUAGCGUGUUGAGUAACCCGGCUAAGACUGCCGAGCGUAGCCAUCACGAGCACAUGACCGAGAUCAAGGAUAGUGAUGGAGGUAGCAGUGAGGGGAGAUAG